UUGUCGGUUUGGAUUGGAUGUGUUAACUGAUAAGGCUCGUUUGUCCUUGAAAGUUGGCUACGUGGCACGUGUGGUCUAUCUGUUUCACGGCGUGGCGGUUGCUAUCAGCCAAGUUUUAUCUAAAGCAAAAACACAACCUCUUUACUGCAACUUCAUACAUGCUCAUCACAAACUUUUAGUUGAAAUUCUGUCUUAAUUUCUUUCUGAAUUUUACUUGAAACAAAGUUGGAAUUUUGUUUUUUUUUGGGUCAAUUUUAAGGAUGGCAAGUCCUAUGGAGAAGGGGAGUCAUGAUGAUGAAAUUGUGUCGGUGGAGCUUGCUGCACCUCCUUCAUGGAAAAAAUUGUUCACGCCAAAGCAAGGGGGUACACCAAAGAAGAGUGAGGUUGUAUUUAUCACUCCAACAGGAGAGGAGGUCAAAAACCGCAAACAGUUGGAGCAGUAUCUCAAAGCACAUCCUGGAAACCCUGCUAUUGCAGAAUUUGAUUGGAGUACUGGUGAGACUCCAAGGAGAUCAGCAAGGAUCAGUGAGAAGGUCAAGGCAAAGAGACCACCUUCACUACUUGAAUCACCAAAGAAAAAACGCCGGACAUCAUCUGGUACAAAGAAAGUUAGCAAGGAAAAGGAUGCUGCAAAAGCUGAGAAGGAAAGUUCAGAAACUAAAGGGAUGGAAUCUUCCAAAGAAGAAAAUGAAAACUUGGGGAAGAAAGCUGGAGAAGCAGAAGGUGAAAUGGAGGACGAGGGGAAGAAAGAGGUGGAAGCUGUGGUAGAAGAUGAGCGCAUAGAGGAUGCUAAACUUCCCCCUGCGGAGAAGCCAGAUUCUGAAUCUGAGGAAUUUCACAGUGCUGAUGACGGCAAUCAGGACAAGUCGGAACAUGCAGAAGCUGAAAUGGAGGACAAGAAGAAGAAAGAGGUGGAAGCUACGGAAGAGGAUGAGUGCUUAAAAGGUGCUGAACUACCCUCUGGGGACAAGCCAGAGCCUGAAUCUGAGGAAGUUCACAGUGCUGAUGUUGGUAAACAGAACAAGUCAGAAAAUGCAGAUAUUGAGGAAAAACAAGUAUCUGAGGAAAAGCUGGUGUCUCAAAACAAACCAGAAGAACUCGCUGCAGAAGGGACCAAUGUCACCAUUGGAGGAAGUGCCAACCAAGCAGAACAUGCUGUUGACGGGGUAUCUAAGGAUGCCCACAGCAAUGAUAGUGAAGAUAGGCCAAAAGAGGAGAAAGAAACGGAAGGAACUGAUUUAGCUAUGGAAAAUAACAAUAUUAACCAACCAGGGUUGGUUCAUUCACAGCAGCAUCAAUCACCUGCGCCUAUUAGCUGUUGAUGCAUCAUCCGCAUCACCCUUAGGACAUUUCCUGUUGCAUGUUUACUGACUUUUAGAUUCAAUUUUAUUAUUGUAAUAAUAGUAAACUUCGAUUCUCUGGUAGUUUAGUGUAGUUUCCUGGACUGCAAUACUCCCAUCGUUAUGUGUAUGUAUUUGUUUCUGUCGUGGUACACUUCAUCUGUUAUUAAACCUUGAUGUAGAAUGUUUUAGGAGAUUACUUGUGA